AGAAAAAUUUUCAGCACACAAAUGUGUCAUUUCCUUUCUUCAUGGACCAGAUGCUGAAAUACUAUGUGAUAAAGAUUUUAGGUCUCAACUGUAAAGAGAGAGAAGUGGAUAAAUCAGUGCUGCUGUCUUUAGGACAAACGAUGGAACGGUGGAAUAGCUUUCUCGAUCAACAGGAUGACACUGAUAACUGCUCAGAAUCCGUGAAGUUUGAUGCCCGCUCCAUGACAGCCUUGCUCCCUCUGUAUCCUAAAAAUGGCCCAACCCUUCAAGAGAAACUGAAGUCCCUCAAAGCUGCACUGAUUGUCCUUUAUCUUCUGGUGUUUGUAGUUCUCAUACCCAUCAUCGGAAUAAUGGCAGCACAGCUUCUGAAGAGGGAAAUGAAGAAUUGCACAGUUGUUCCAAUUAAUGCAAAUGAAAUAUCUCAAAGUCUCACAGGAAAAGGAAAUGACAGUGAAGAUGAGAUGAGAUUUCGAGAAGCUGUUACGGAACAAAUGAGCAACAUGGAGAAGAGAAUCCAAUAUAUUUCAGAUACAGAAGCCAAUCUCAUAGAUUCAUUGCAUUUCCAAAAUUUUAGUCUGGUGACUGAUCAAAGAUUUAAUGAUGUUCUUCUCCAGUUGAGUACCUUGGUUUCCUCAGUUCAGGGACACGGAAACGUGAUAGAUGAAAUCUCCAAGUCGUUAAUAAGUCUGAAUACCACAUUGCUUGAUUUGCAGCUCAGUAUCGAAACACUGAAUGGCAAAGUCCAAGACAAUACAUUAAAACAGCAAGAGGACAUGAGUAGAUUCGAAGAGUUUGUGUACAAGGCAUCAGCAGAAAUUAUGUCUGUGAAAGAAAAACAAGUGAAUCUGGAACAGGAAAUAAAAGGAGAAGUGAAAGUACUGAAUAACAUCACUAAUGAUCUCAGACUGAAAGACUGGGAACACUCUCAGACAUUGAAAAAUAUCACUUUAAUUCAAGGUCCUCCUGGACCCCCUGGUGAAAAAGGAGAUAGAGGUCCCGCUGGAGAACGUGGUCCACAAGGCAUUCCAGGUGCAGUAGGUUCUCCAGGUCUUAAAGGUGAUCAGGGAGCAGUUGGUUUUUCUGGACCUCGAGGAUUCCCAGGGCCACCGGGGAAGACCGGGAGGACAGGAAAUCCUGGACCAAAAGGCCAGAAGGGGGACAAAGGGAGUGGAAGCAUACUAAGACCGGUACAACCCCCUGAUCGUAUUUGGGCAGGGCCCUUUUAAGAUCAGGUGGGUUGGGCAAGACACCCUCUGCUACCAUCUCAUUAAGGCCCUUCACCUCUGGACAAGUCAUCAGCACAACCAACUCCAAGAUCCCCCAAAUGGCUUUGGUUCCUGUGUGGUGUGCAGCUUCCACAUGGCUUUCUCUCCUGGUCCUUUGUGCUGUUUGGGCCUCUGUUCUCACGUUCCUACCUCUCCCCACUCCAGUACCCCACCAUCACCACCAUCUCCUAGCGCCCUUAGCUGGGAUGCUUCCCAUGUACUGACUGGUGGGCUGCUCAUGCCAGUUCUCAGAGCCAGGCCAGAAGCCCUCUGCCAUCCACUCACCUCAUGUUUUUUGAACCCAAUUUAACCCAUUGGGUUCUAGGAGACAUCUCUUGGAUACUGAUUCUAUGUGGGUUCUUGACGUUUAAAAACAAUACUCUCAAUAAGUGAUAAGAUACAUAAAAGAAAAUGCAUUUGUUAAUUCACUCAUUCAUUCACUCAGCGUAUGUUCAUUGCAUACCUCCUGGAGCUGGACAUAGGAGCUAAUAAGAUGACUAUUGCCUCUCACCUUAUAGAGCUAAUUGUCCCUGGAAGCCCUAAACAUGUAAAUGGGCAAUUUCUACAAUACAGCAGAAUUUUAUAAGGGGAGGAAUAGGGCUCUAGAGGUGUUUGGAGGAGAUCAAGAUUAUUAAAUUCCUUAAAAUAUUAAAAAGUAAAUUGAUUUUGAUUAGCUUAGUUUACCUUCUUGUCUUCUUAUUCUACAAAUUACAACCUUUUUUUUUUUUUUUCAAGUUUAUAGUGAAGUAAAGUAGAGCUUGGACAGUUCAUUCAACACAUUUAGACCAAAAAAUAGAACUUGUUUCCUUAAAUGACCCGGCUAUCUGAAGCAAGAAUAUUUUGAUCAUGAAAAAAUAAUACUGAAAUGUUUUAUUCUAAAAAGCUCCUUGUAUAUUACACUUUAAAUAUCAAUUAUAGAUCCUGAAGAUGAAGAAAUAUUUCAGUAGACCUGGAGAUAUUUUGUGUAGGUGAAGAAAGGGAUAAAAAUGACAAGGAGACAAGGUAAGAAAAGACCGACCAAAAAAAAAGGAACAGGGAAGAUAUAGGGUAGUGUGAUAUUUGUGUAGGUUUCUCUAUUAAUUAACAGAUCACAUUGUCACACCUCUCGUUUCCUUCAAGGUUUACACAUAAACCCAAGCUUCGCAGUCUUAGGUUUCUAGUAAAUUCUGAGUCAUGUGUCCAUGUGUCUCUCAGCCCUUCCAUUCCCUCUCCUGUAAAAUGGACAUCGUGACACCUACCUCACAGGGUUGUUGUGAGGAUCACAUAAGGUAUUGUGUGGGGAAGGAUGCUCUGUAAAACCAUAAAGUGCUUUAAACACAUAAGGUACACUUCACAGUGGUCUCUCUGAACUGGAACCGCUCUUCCUUGCUGGUAUCGUGCAGACAUGUAAAUUCUGUAAUCAGGGUAGGAGGAAAAGCAAAAUGAAAAUGCAAGAAGCCAAAUAAAUGUCACGGACAAAAAGAGCGAUGCUAGAGAAUAAGAUAAGAUUUUACAUUAGAUAGAGCAAUGCGAGUGUGACCAGAUCACAAAUCAAUGAGUUUGUCUGAGCCGAGCUGAAGAACUUAAGUUAUAAAUAAAAGAAAUGACUCAACAGAGUGCAUGCCAGAGGCCAGAAGCUGUCAACAGAGGUCAGAACAAAAUGUCAGCCUAAUAAAACAAGAAUCCAGCCUCUGAAGGACAAAGCAGGAGCCCAAGACUGUGCUGAUGAGAAAGCGCCAAGAAAGGCUGAAACGAAUUAGAAUUGUCAGUGGUACUCUGGGUCUGCACCUGUGUGACACCAGAGUCUCCAAGAAAAAAAAUUAAAAAAAAAAAAAAGAGGAGGUAGAGGAAUCAGCCAGUCUUCAGACGGUCCUUAUUAUUAGAAAACUGGCAAUGUUGACUAGUCCAUGAAUGCAAACACGUGGAGAUGAGUUGGAUCUCUUUGUCCAUGGUUUAAUCAGAUGUGACUUCCUAUGCCGCUCUGCGCUGGGGGACAGCUAAAACCUGGGGAGCCUCUUCUCUUGCUAGCAGGCCUUGGUCAACAUUGGCCACAGCAUGCCCUUGAUCCCAGAGACCAUGGAAGAAAAUUCCAGGGGACUCAGUUCACAAGUUGUCUGACAGCCCAGACCACAGAUUAGGGGAGAAGGGCUUCUCUCCUCUAGACAAAAAUAGAUGCUGAAUGCCCAGUUCAAAUGCACAAGUUAUACCAACUUGAGUAAUGUGCAGUGAAGAGAAGUCUACCCGAAGCUCUCGUGCUUGUCACAAGCGUUUGCCUGCUCUUUCUCACCCAACUUGGAAGGGUGUUUCAGUCAAGCAAAAAUAAUUCCUGCUGUACAAUUAAACACUUUGUGUGAGGCUCUGUCCUAAACAUACCAA